CAUAAUAGAGUAGCACGCAGUCUACGAAAGAGGGAAAAGAGGAUGGCAGGUUCCAAAUCAGCUCUGGUGCUGUGUAUGGAUGUGGGCUUCUCCAUGUCCAACUCAGCUCCAGGUGAAGAAUCUGCCUUUGAACUGGCCAAAAAAGUCAUCCAGAAGUUUUUCCAGCGCCAGGUUUUUGCAGAAACUAAAGAUGAAGUAGCUUUAGUUCUGUUUGGCACUGAUUCUACCAAAAACCCUUUGUGCCAAGACGGCCAGUAUGAGAACAUCACGGUGCAUCGUCCCCUCGUGGUACCAGACUUUGAGCUUCUGAUGGAGGUCGAACAUCAAAUCCAACCGGAGAAUCAGCAGGCUGACUGGCUGGAUGCUCUUGUAGUCUGCAUGGAUCUUCUUCGGACACACACGCAGGGGAAGAAGUACGAUCGCUGUAACAUCGUUGUUCUGACUGACCUGAAUACUCAGGCCAGUUCAGACAACCUGGAUGUUAUUGUUGAAAACCUGAAGCAAGCUGGAACCACCCUGCAAUUUUUUUUGCCUUUUUCUGUGGCGGCUGAUGACGAAGGCCAAGGAGGCGAAGACGGAAGGGAUCCUGGCGAAGCUGUUCCAGGCAAAAGUCUGUCCAGAGAGCAGAAGAACAGCCUGGAGAUGGUUAAGCACAUCAUGCUUAGUCUGGAUGAGGAGGAGGGUCUGGAACAGGUGUACACAUUCAGGAACGCGAUCGAGCAGCUGUGUAUGUUUAAACGCAUCGAGAGGAGACCGAUGGCCUGGCCCUGUCAGCUGACCAUCGGCAGCUCUCUGUCAAUCCGCAUCGUCGGCUACAAAGCAGUGACCGAGGAGCGGCUGAAGAAGAUGUGGGUAACCGUUGAUGCUCAAUCCAGCAAGAAGGAUGAUGUGAAGAGAGAGACGGUCUACUGCCUGGACGAUGACAAUGAAACAGAAGUGAUGAAGGAGGACAUUAUUCAAGGUUUUCGUUACGGAAGCGACAUCGUCCCCUUCUCCAAAGUCGAUCAAGAUCAGAUGAAAUACAAACAUGAUGGGAAGUGCUUUGCUGUUCUGGGCUUCACCAAACAGAGCUCGGUGCCUCGCCAUCACUUUAUGGGAAACCAGGUUGUGAAGAUAUUUGCUGCCAGAGACGAUGAGCAUGCCGGAGUGGCUCUGUCGGCUCUCAUCCGUGCGUUGGAUGAACUCAAAAUGGCGGCUAUUGUACGAUACGCCUAUGACCGGCGGAGCAACCCUCAAGUGGGCGCUGCGUUUCCGUGUAUCAAACCAAGCUAUGAGUGUCUGAUGUACGUCCAGCUGCCCUUCAUGGAAGACCUCAGACACUUUCUGUUUCCUUCUCUGGAAAACAACAGGAAGAUCUCUCCAUCGGAGACACAGUUGUCAGCUGUAGACUCUUUGAUCGACUCCAUGAUGCUGGUGGAAAGAGACGAGAAUCAAGAGGAAAGAGACCUGCUGAAGCCUCACCACCUCCCCAAUCCUGCCUUCCAGAGGCACUUCCAGUGUCUGCACCACCGAGCGGUGAAUCCUGAUUCGCCUCUUCCUCCCAUGGAGCCGUGGCUGGAGGCUGCUCUCGAUCGCCCUGGAGUCAUUAAGGAACGCUGCCAAGCUCAACUGGAGGAGAUGAAGAAGCUUUUUCCUCUCACUGAUGUCGAAAAGAAAAAGAAACUAAAGACAAGCGCUCAGAUUUUUGAUAAAGACUCUGAGGAGCCAGAUGCCAAAAAAGCUAAAAAUGAGGAGGAAGAGGAGGAGUAUAACCUGGCAGACAUCUCCGAAGGCUCUGUCACUUCUGUGGGAAGCGUCGAUCCAGGUCGAGACUUCCGCGCCCUGAUUCGGCUGAAGACUCUACCAUUUGGGGAGGUCUGUCAGCAGCUGACUCACAGGAUAGAGCAGUUGCUUGGCAACAAGAACACGCACUACUACAUGAAAAGCAUCACCUGUAUCCAGGCUUUUAGAGAGCAGUCUGUCAAGCUAGGGAAUGCUGAUUUUUUCAACAGCUACCUCCGGUCCCUGAAAAGGAGCAUUCCCAGCAGAGGCCUCGAGGUCAUCUGGGACCUGCUUGUUCAAGACGCUGUGACUUUGAUCAGCAAGGACGAGGUAGAUGGAAGCACCAUCUCGAAAAACGAAGCUAAUCAGUUUCUAAUGGCUGAGGAAAAGAAAGAGGAGGCAGCUGCAGCACCAGCUGAAGAUACCGGAGAUGUUGAUGACUUGCUGGACAUGAUGUAAGAAGAGAGGCAGGAAGUGUGUCAGCAGAAAUCUGAGGAAUGUAAUCUUUGAACCCAACCCCAAACCAGUUCAGCCGUCCAUUGUUCUGCUUCUUCCACUGGGACUCCCAUAAUAGUUUGACUGCAGUAAAUAAUUAACUGCAAAUGCACUAAACAGAGCAGCAUUUUAGUAAACUUUACUGUCCUAAAAUUACAGUUUAUUCACAAAAAACAGAAGUUCCAGCUUCUGCAGACCAAAGGUGUGUGUAUUUUUAAAUGUUACAAUUACAGCAAAUUUUCUGUAAUUUUGUUUUAUUUGUACUGAUUGAUAAAGAAUGGCAACACUGUUGAUUAA